AUGUCAAAUUCUCAAGUACAAAGUUAGCUUAGUGAAAUACCCGAAAAAUCUUAUUUUUUAUAAGAUUCAAAUAAAAGCAAUUAAAUUUUGGACACUAAUUAGCUUGUUAGUUAAUUUUUAUAAUAUGACUCACACUAACCAAAACAAGAAGGAAAAAAAGCAACAAAAGUUGAUAACCACUAAACAAUUAGCAGUGCAUCUACUAGACAUGGUAAAAAAAGAUAUAUAGUGAAUAAGCCAGUUAAUAAUAUCCAGCUAAAACCACCCUAAAUUGUUUUUUUCAACAAUGUUAAAACUAACUAAAUUGAGUAAAUGGAUAUUGAAUAGCUAUGCCAGGCAGUGAAGGAACACUACCAAGACGACGCUGAGUACUUGGACCCUCUACCACCUGAAGAUGAUAAGCAUGGAAAUAUAGAAUAUAAAUUAAAGCUAAUAAAAACAGAAGAGCGUCGUUUAUAAGAGCUUGAAUGCUAAAUGCUUCGUCGUUUAGAUGAAGGUGUAGACGAAUGCUAUUACUGGAUUGGAGUAGAAGAUAAUGGAAAUACUUUAGGAUUGAUAGAAGAGGAAUUCUUUUUGAGUUUAAAAAUCCUCUCUCAUGUUGCAAACAAGAAUGAAUGUUAUUUUUAGUUAGACAGAGUUUAUAAUGGAGAAAGAGGGCGAAUAGGAUUUGUAAAAAUUAAAUAAAGGCCAAGAAGCGUUGUAAGGGCAGAUAUUCGUAUCUAGCUAAUGGGUUAGACUGGAAGUGGUAAAACUACACUUAUAAAAACAAUGUAUUAUAAAGAGUCUGGUUGUCAAAUUAAUAAUGAGCAAACAACUUAAAUCUAAUAAAGAUAUUUAUGCUUUGAUUCUUAAGGAAAACUUUUAAGUAGAUUUCCUUUCACUGUGCUUGGAAUUGAAGGAGAAAUAGAAUUAGCAACUAAGAUUAUUAGCUUUGUAGAUAUAGGUGGCAAACAAAAAGAUAGAAAAUAUUUUGUUUUAAGUUAUUGCUCAAGAAUACCUAAUUAUGGACUUAUAGUUAUUUCAGCUAAAAAUGAGUUUAGUGAGAGUGAUAAAACAUAUAUCAGGGAUGCAGUUUCAAUGGGUUUAGUUUUUUUUAUAGUAAUAACUAAUACUGAUAAUGCUCCAAGUUCUCAAAUUGGUAGUCUCAUUUGCGAGAUUAAAAAUUUUAUUUACAGCACUUAUGCUUAAAAAUAUGUUUAAGUAAUUUAUAACAUAUCAUAAGUAGCUAAGAUUUUUACUGAAAGUUUUUUGCAGGGAAACUUUGUACCGAUUUUCUUGGUUUCUAGUAAAACACUAAGUAACAUUAAGCUAUUUUCUAAAUUUUUGAGUUAGCUUCCAGAUAAUAGGAGAGUUAAUUAAACAAAUAAGUAAGAAUUGACUGAACUAACAAUAUACAAUGCACUUGAAAGAUCAGCAAUAAAUGUAGAUAAAAGUAAUAACAAUGUGAUUUUUUAAGGAACUGUUUUACAAGGUGAGCUUCAUUUAGCUUAGAACCUACUUAUUGGCCCAGAUAUUAAUGGUUUGUUCAAAAAAGUAAAAGUCUAAGAGCUGAUGGUUGUAAAAACAUCAGUAGAAAGGGUUUAAACCAGUUAAAUAUGCUCUGUAAGAGUGAGUAUGGAUAUGCAAGAUAAAAAAAAGUUCGAGGUUCGAAAAGGAUAAGUUUUAGUAGACCCAAGGUUAUUGCCAAGGGCUGCAUCAGAAUUUUUAGCUGAACUUACUUUAUUUGAUAGUAUAAAGGAGAAAGUACUAAUCAAAACAGGUUACUAGCCGGUAGUUAACUUUUAAAGUAUCAGACAGAUAUGUAAAAUAAUGGUAACCAAAGAAGAUUUAGAGGGAAAAGGAUAUCGUCCUCUCGCUAGACGCAAAUCGCUAGAAAGAGAAAUGAAUCAUUACUCUGAUUAACAUUUACAUGAAAUAAAUUUUAAUAACUAGAUUAAAGCCAUCAAGUCUUCAACAUAAGGAGAUAAAUAAAAAGAAGAGAAGGCUCUUGUCUUUUCUAAAAAUCUAAAUAAAAAAUUUUUAAGGAGAACAAAAUCAAUAGACAAAAUAAAAGAGUUAUUUCCAAAUGACUAAGCAUUAGACUAAACAUCAUAAAAAAUAGAAAUAGCUUAAGAUAAUGUACCUGUAAUAGUAAUUGAACCAAGCAAAAAUAAACAGAAUGUAAAUAACUAAUUAAAUAAGUACUAACCAGAAGUAAAGAAUUAUCUCCGUAUGCGUUUUAUUUACAGACCUGAGAGAAUAUAAGUUGGUUAGAUGUUUUACAUUGAUGAAAAGCUUUUAAAAGCAGUAGGAGUUGUUACUAAAGUUUUUUAUUGA